CCAUGCGCCCGCGGCUCGACUCGAUCCGCUCCCACCUGCGCGCCGCCGUCGCUGCCCAGCGCGACCAGAUCGGCUUCAACCUGGCCGCUCUGACUGCCCUCAAGACCGAGUGGGAGGCCAAUGCCACCGCCGAGUUCUUCGACGAGGCCCAGAUCCAGGCCGUGCUGGAUUCCCAGCUUGCAAAGCGCAAGUUCACGGGGCUCAAGGCCUAGUUUUUCUCCUCUGGCUUUCUUGCACUUUUUGCUUUCCUACACUUUUUUCUCCAAAUGAACACUACUAACCCCGACGACGAGGUCCCCAUUUACGGCUACGACAAGGAGCUGCGCGACAAGCUGGAGGCGAAGUACGAUGUUGGCCGCGAGCAGCAGGCGCGCGCAUACAUAGCCGACGCAAUCGGUGCACCGGUUGACGGUGAAUUCAUGGACGCGCUGCACGACGGCACAGUGCUGGUGCACCUGGCAAACGCCGUGGUGCCUGGGCGCCUGAAGCCGAAUGCCUCGCGGCUGGCCUUCAAGCAGAUGGAAAACAUCAACAGCUUCUUGACUGUGGCCGCAGAGCUCGGCUGCCCGUCCCACGAGCUCUUCCAGACCGUCGACCUGUUCGAGGCCAAGAACCCCGGGCAGGUCGUCGACGCCAUUUUCUCGUUUUCGCGCCAUGCCGCCAAGCGCGGCUUCCGCAUACCCCCAUUGGGUCCCAAGCUCGCCGACAAGCAGCACCGCCAGUGGACUGACAAGCAGCUGCGCGAGGGCGACAAGUACCAGAGCCCGCUGCAGAUGGGAUAUAGCGGUGGGGCCACCCAGUCAACCGAGAAGGUCGUUUUUGGCGGCCACAAGUCCAUUGUCAGGAAUGCUGAUCCGUUCCACCGGUACCAGGGCUGAGCUUACUGGUUUCUGAAUAUAUGCGUUUAUUUCUCUUUGCCAUCAUCGUGACAUGUGUGGCGAGAGCAUGUCGGAAGAGCUGCCGGGGUGGGCGUGAAAGCGGCCAUUGCUCAAUGGGUUGUUCCAUCGAGACCUUCCAAAGCCCCGCCUCCCCACCAACUCGUGCCAUGCACUCAGUGCAUGCUACAUGGCUAUCACUAAAAAAGAAUGAACACCAC